AAUCGGGGUUAUAUAAUAAUAAAACAUAGAUAUAUUAUAAAAACGUUUUAACUACACAAGAAUUAGCUCAAUGGCAUAAUGGCAUGUUCCCCAACCUAUCCAAUGAGUGACUCCUGAAUCUAUUCGCAGCUGCUCUGUCGCUUCCAUGAUCCACUCCAGUCCGGAUUUGGCCAGGAAAGGAACAGCUGCUGUAACGUUUUAGCAAUUUCAGGAGAGAAGGAGCAGCGGUGAGACAUGCGGGGUCUAGAGGAGUCGCUCCAGCAGCACUGGAGAUCGGACAAACAGCAGCAGCAGGAGUAGAGGAUCAUGGCCGAGGACUAUUGGGAGAGCGCGGCCGCUUUGGGAUAUUAUUACUGCUGUUAAGAUUACACGAGCAACACACACUCAUUUACACAAGCACACACGGAUCUCAACUCCACGGGGCGGUUGAACAGUGGCAGCCCCUCCACCCCCCUCACCUCGUCCCCCCAUACCCCCACUGAUGGACCGCAUGAGGAAGAUCAAACGGCAGCUGUCCCUGACGCUGCGAGGGGGUAACAGCGGGGACAAGACCUUGAGCGAGACCAUCAGCUCUCAGGACACAGGAGCACACAGCGAUUCCGAGGCCAUGCCAGUUGGCGGCAGUGGUGGUCUGCGGGGUUCAGUGAGAGGUUCGGGGGGUUCCUUCAGCAUGCACUCCCUCCUGCAGUCCUACAGCAGCGCCCUGCGCAGACCACGCAGCCUGGGCCGCAGUCUCAGCUCCUAUCUCAACCACACCACGCGCCUCGAAAUCGUCCAUGAGGAUGUAAAAAUGGGUUCAGAUGGAGAAAGCGAUCAGGCUUCGGCCACAUCCUCUGAGGAGGUGCACAGCCCCGUCCGAGUUCGUCUGAGAAACAACCCCGGUCGCAAAAUUUCCACAGAGGACAUAAACAAACGUCUGUCUCUGCCUGCCGAUAUCAGGCUUCCUGAUGGCUACCUGGAGAAAUUCAGCCUCAACAGCCCGCUGUUUGAGAAACCGCUCAGCCGGAGAUUACGCAGGGUGUCACUGUCUGAGAUUGGAUUUGGGAAGUUGGAGACGUAUGUCAAACUGGAUAAACUAGGAGAGGGCACCUACGCUACAGUAUAUAAAGGCCGCAGUAAGUUGACGGAUAACCUGGUGGCUCUGAAGGAGAUCCGUUUGGAGCACGAGGAAGGAGCUCCGUGCACUGCCAUUAGAGAAGUGUCUCUGCUGAAGGACCUGAAACAUGCCAAUAUUGUGACUCUUCAUGACAUCAUCCACACUCAGAAGUCUCUUACGCUCGUGUUCGAGUACUUGGAUAAAGACCUGAAACAGUACCUAGAUGACUGUGGAAACUGCAUUCAUAUGCACAAUGUCAAGCUGUUCCUGUUUCAGCUGUUGCGAGGUCUGAACUACUGUCAUAGACGUAAAGUCCUUCACCGAGACCUCAAACCUCAAAAUCUCCUGAUCAACGACCGCGGGGAGCUAAAGCUGGCUGACUUUGGUCUGGCACGAGCAAAAUCGAUUCCCACCAAGACCUACUCCAAUGAGGUGGUGACGCUUUGGUACCGCCCCCCUGACAUCCUAUUGGGCAGCACUGACUAUUCCACUCAGAUUGACAUGUGGGGUGUUGGCUGUAUCUUCUACGAGAUGUCUACAGGUCGACCCUUGUUCCCGGGCUCCACGGUGGAGGAGGAGCUGCACUUUAUCUUCAAACUGCUCGGUACGCCCACAGAGGAGACCUGGCCUGGAAUAACCUCCAACGAGGAGUUCAUCUCCUAUAACUACCCCCGUUACCGCGCCGACUGUCUCCACAACCACACUCCACGAUUGGACAAUGAUGGAGUUGAACUUCUGUCGAAACUGCUGCAGUUUGAGGGGAAGAAACGGAUCGCAGCAGAGGAAGCCAUGAGACACCCGUACUUCCACUGCCUGGGAGAGAGAAUUCUCACGCUGCCAGACACUGCAUCAAUAUUUGCACUUCAAGAAGUUCAGCUGGAGAAGGAGCCCGGAAUGAGGACGAAUUCCCUGUCAGAAUCAGUCAACAGCAUAUCUCAACGGCAGAGUCUGCUCUUCUGAGGGCGAGUGGGGCGGCUCGGGACGGGGAAGAUGGAAGGGACGCAUCGAGACGUCACGUGUUUAGAAGGGGUCACUGUAGUUGUUUACACGGAGAGGCUGAGGAUUUUGAUUUGUUUCGAAUAAUGCACUUCCCCUGCCCCAUUCACAUUACAAACAUGUUCUUCCUGUUUUGCUGUACCUUCUCAAUCCAGCCGCUGUACUCAACCAAUCAGAAGCCGAAUGUUAUUGGAUGGCCUGACUCUUCAUCCUCUGACUGAAACAAAUCAGCCUGGUUUCUUUGCAAUACCUUCUCAAUUGUAAUGUUAAAGGAAGGCCAGUUUAUGAAGGAACGUGUCAUGAAUGCUGUUAAUAUCCAGAAGCCAAGUCACUCUAGUCUUCCAGAAAAUGGUCCCCUUCAUUAGUGUCAUCAGCCCUCUCAUCCAAAGAUGAACAUUUAGUACUAUGCCAACACAAUGGUUCAUCAUAAUCAACCAUAAUCUGUGUUAUUUGUAUUCAUCAGAACACUGACGACAUGUCAACUUUUGUUUUUGUUUGCGAAAGCAUUUCACGUUUAAGUUGUUGUUUACAUGUUUUUUGCCAUGCAAUACAGUUUGAUAAUCUAGAAAAUAGUUUCACCAAAGACCCCCAUGCCAUCUCUCUAUCCCUUUAGGUUUGACUUAUGAGCUUCCAUUUCCGUCAUCAUGUUCAAGUGAACCCUCGAUCAGCUACACUGUGUCAAGGACCAAUUAUGUGUUCAAAGCAACUUAGAAAAUUUGAGUUGCAUUGAGGAAAGCCUCUGAUAAUCUCAACGCAGCCUUCUUGAUAAUUCUUCCAUUACUGCUGCGUCCAGCUCUUGCGGCUGUGACUCUGGUUGAAAACGAGCUGAUUUCUAUGUCGGUUCAGUCAGGGCGCUGAGAACUAAUAAUGGGAUGCCCGGGCGCAUGCGGAGAACCGGUCGAGAUGUGUAUAGGGCUCAGGUUUCUGUCACUCUGCAGAACAGCUGAGUGCGGUGGAUAAUGUUCUGCAUCUCGGCCCGGUUGUUCAUACGCUGCAGGUUUUGGAGUGCGUCGGUGUCGCGUAACACACCGCAGAUUCAAAACACUACCGUCCCCUGGCGUGUAUGAUUCAGGGCAUCUGCACAAUGUCUGCGAUUAUACAGUCCCACAAAUGUGAUUAUUGGAUGAAUCUCUGGGGGGAAAAAGAGUCCAGGUCAUAUUUCACCCUGAAAUUACGAGAACAAUAAUACAUUUGAUUUAUUAUAAAGUAGCCAAUUUUUUUUAGGACUAUUAAUCUUUUUUUUUUUUUUUUGCAUUGUGACAUCAGCAAUUAGUCUCCAAAUUCUUAUUCCUGUAAUUAU